GGAAGAUGAGAGAUUCUCUAAGAGCACAGAUGGUGUCCAGUGCACAUAACAAAUGUGGUUGAAAUUCUCAUGGCUCAGACCAGAAGUAUACUCCCAGUAUUUAGCCACAGUGCACUGGAUGGAAGGAGAGGACAAAGUGGGUGCAUUGGUCAACAAAUGAAGAAUUUACAAGGACGCUGUCACUGCCCUGUUAUGCAUCUGUGUCUUGCCUGGGGAAACAAAGCUGGCUGAGCACAUCCGGAGUUGGAAGAGAAAAUUGAAGAGGGCCACCAGAAAAUGAGGAAGGAGCUUAAGGAAGGAAUUUACCAUGUCUUGUCAGAACCUAGAAGAAUUUCUACCAUUAGGACCAGGUAUUCCCCAGCCAAGGAAAGCCGAUACAUUCCAUGAGGUAACCUCUGGUUUUUUCUUUAGGAGCAUGGAGAAGACAUGAAGAAGUGGGAUGGAAAACCCAUCUCUUGCUUAGCCACCUGCGUACAUGAACUGAAAGGAAGAGCAGUGACUGCAAGAAGUUCAUCUAGGGUCUACACUGCUCUGGUCUCUCUCAUAGACAAGACUCCAGGUGGAAAAGGAAUGAUGAUAUGACCAACCAUCUUGAGGAGACCUCAAGGUCAUAUUUGCAGGAGGAGAGCAAUGUGUGCAUAACCAGGAUUAGAGGGGCCCUGCGUCUAGCCAGGUGGAGAAAAGAGACAAUCAGAUCUAUUGGGCUGUGUGGAUCUGGUGGCCUGGCAUGUCUGACCCACAAAGGUUUAUGGCUUUGGUCGACACUGGCACUCGGUGUACCCUGAUGUCAUCAAGGUGUGUGGGAGCAGAAUCCAUUUCCAUUUCUGAGGUGACAGGGGAUCCCAGCACGUGACUGUAUUGGACACUGAAGGGAGUUUGACUGGGAAGGAGUGGCAGAAACACCCCAUCAUGACUGGUCCAGAGGCCCUGUGCAUCCUCAGCACAGACCAUCUCAAGACUCAAAAGGAUGUUGCUGCGCUUUUAGGAUAGCUGCUCUAGAGACAGAGGAAAUCAGACAACUGAGUAUCCUUCCUGGUCUCUCAGACACCCCCUCUGCUAAGAGUUGAAGAACAACAGCUACCAAUCACCACAGCAGCAAUGCACUGUCAGCAAUACUGCACUGACAAAGACUCUGUGAUUCCCAUCAGUAAGAUGAUUUGGACACUGGAGAGCUAAGGGGUGGUCAGCAAGACUCAUUCACCCUUUUACAGCCUUAUAUGGCUAGUGCAUAAGUCCAGUGGAGAAUGAAGUCUGACAGUGGAUUACCGUGGCCUGAAUUAAAUCAUACCACCACUGAAUGCAUCUGUGCUGGACAUGCUGGAGCUUCAGUACAAGCUAGAGUCCAAGGCAGCAAAGUGGCAUACAACCACUGACAUUGCCAAUGAUUUUUCUCCGUUCCUUUGGCAGCACAGUGCAAGCCCCAGUUUGCCUUCACCUGAAGGAGCAUGCCGUAUUCUUGGAAUCGAUUGCCCCAGGGGAGGAAGCAGAGUUCCACUGUCUGCCAUGGACUGAUCCAGACUACACUGGAAAAGGGAACACUUAGUCAGUCUGGAUGAGCCAGCCUCGGAAGCUGGACAAGAAGCUCUGCUUAGACAAGAGCAAGCAAAAAUCAUUCGUUUUGAAAGGCAAGCGGAAGAGUUCCUCAAUGCAGUCUUUUACAGAAAAGACAGUCCUAGGGUCUCUGACCCCAAUAUUCCCCUAGUGGCCCGUGAGAUCAUGCAGCGAAUGAUCCGACAGUUUGCUGCUGAAUAUACCUCAAAAAAUAGCUCUACUCAGGACUCCAGCCAGCCCAAUAGCACAAAGAACCAAAGCCUGCUGAAAGCAUCUCUGGUCGCCUCCUCUCCCACGGCUGCAACUGCUCAGAACCCUGUGCUCAGCAAACUGCUCAUGGCUGACCAAGACUCACCUCUGGACCUUACUGUCAGAAAGUCUCAGUCAGAACCUAGUGAACAAGACGGUGUGCUUGAUUUAUCCACUAAGAAGAGUCCUUGUGCUGGCAGCACCUCUCUGAGUCACUCUGCUGGGUGCUCCAGUACUUCGGGAAAUGGUGAGGACGCAGCAGAGACAAUAGCAAUAGACUCUAACAAUCAACCGAAGUCUCCACUGGAAAAAUUUAUGGUCAGACUGUGUACACAUCACCAGAAGCAGUUCAUUCGUGUGCUAAACGACAUAUACACUGAAGUACAGCCAGACUCUGACGGCCAGCAGUUAGCUGAAUCUGAGAGCAUGGAGGCCUCUACUUGUGGCUCUGGUUGUAGCCAGCGAAGCACUGAAAAUCAGGAUAAGGGUGCUACUUGUACUGAAUCAAAGCUCCCUUCUACAUUGGACCCAGGAGAGUCAGGGGCUGAUGGCCCCCUGCAGGUUAUGGGACAAGCCCUGAAGCAGCCAGUGGAACUGAAGUCUCUGGACAGAGCAGAGAACUCCAGUCCUACUUUGAGAAGGGACUUCUGUGAGCUCCCCAUCACCAGGCUUCGCUCUGCUAGUCCAAAGGAUAGCCCCACCCAAGGAUACCUCAGCACGUUGAACUCUUCCUCUUUGAAUUUCCAUCAUGCCACAAAGAGCCUGGAAGGGCAGCAAGCUGCUGGACACGAACAAGAAACUGGUAUCAGGAAGUGUGAGGAUAAUAAAGAGCAGCUAGCAGGUAAGACUCUCAUGGAAGGUUAUAUCUCAGUCAAAGUGGCAAAUGUGAAUGGCAGCGAGGACAGCUUAGACAGCUGUCUGGGGUCCCAAAAGGGCUCUUUCAGGGCUCUCCCAGAGGAGUCCUGGGAUCCUGGCUUUGCAGUGACCCCCCCUCGCAGAGCCGACAAAGAGAACACUUUGCAAUGCAGCUCUAAAGCAUCUUUGCACCAAGACUUAGACGCAAAAGAACAAGAUGUGAGACCAAAGCAAGAAAACCACCUGCAUGCCAUGGCCAAGGGCAAGGCAGGCUGCCAGCUGCACGCAGCUGACAAGGGCGUGCUGGACAAGCCCAAAGAGGGCUGGCUGCCCACCAGCGCCGUGCCAGCCGCCCACCGGACCCCCGGCGGGCACCCCCGCGCCAAGGCAGCCUCCCUCCGAUCCUCUCGGAAGAGCAAGAAGGCGUCGGGGCUGAGGAUCAACGACUAUGACAACCAGUGCGACGUGGUGUACAUCAGCCAGCCCAUCACCGAGUGCCACUUCGAGCCGCAGCGGCUGGUGUCGCCGCGCAGGACAGCGAGGAAGAGCACCCGCGGGUACUACUUCAACGGGGAGUGCUGCGAGCUGCCCACCGUCCGCACGCUGGUCAAGAGCUCCCGCCCGGAGGAGAGGGCGAGCAGCCCGGCUCUGCGGACAGACACCCUCGCGGCUGCGAAGCCACCCCUGGUGCUCUCGGUGGAGGGAUCUGCAGGGGCAGGACGGGAGGGUGAGAAGAGGGUUUCCCUGAGGCUCCUGGCUAAAGUGGCACCAGCCAGUCGAGAAAUGAAAGAGAGAGCUGAGCUGGGCUCCAUGCAGCUCCGGGAUACCCGAGCACUGCGAUCAAGAGAAGAUGCCGUGGCCAUGCCGUUCUUCUCCCUCUCUGCUCCACCCAGCCCCCAGAAAGAGGACAGCUUGGCCAGCUCACCGCCACCUGGCUCCCCUCCUGCUGAAGGGGAGGGGAUGACAGUAGGAGGUGCUGUCACCUGGGAGGCUGGCAGUAGUCUGGGCUCCUCUGGGGAUGGCAGUAGCAGCAGGCAGGCUGCUGAUAUUUCUGCCUUUUCAGUCUCAAAAGCACAUGGUGAGGAGGACGGUUGUCCAGGCUCUGACAUACAAACUAUUCCAGACCUCCCUGCCAGCCCAGAGCCAAAGUCCUCCUCACAGCCCUCUACCGCUACAGACACAACACCUCCGCCCUGUGAUAGUGCCAGUGAUCCUGCCCAGCUUCCAGACUCAGGGGAUGCCGAGCUCUGUGGGCAGUGUCUGGCAGAGCCUUCCCCACGCUCUCCAGGCUCACAGACUCCUGAUGAGCCCUCUGCCACCAUGGAUGGGGAGAGCCCCUUGGAGCCCCCUGCUACCAUGGAUGGGGAGAGCCCCCUGGAGCCCCCUGCCACCGUGGAUGGAGGGAGCCCCCUGGAGCCCCCUGUCACCACGGAUGGGGAGAGCCCCCUGGAGCCCCCUGCCACCGUGGAUGGGGAGAGCCCCCUGGAGCCCCCUGCCACCGUGGAUGGGGAGAGCCCCCUGGAGCCCCCUGUCACCAUGGAUGGGGAGAGCCCCCUGGAGCCCCCUGCCACCGUGGAUGGGGAGAGCCCCCUGGAGCCCCCUGCCACCGUGGAUGGGGAGAGCCCCCUGGAGCCCCCUGCCACCACGGAUGGGGAGAGCCCCCUGGAGCCCCCUGCCACUUUGCAGUGUGAGGAUGUGAACAAAAGCGUCGGUGCAAAACCAGAAGCCAAAUCAUCGGUCGUGGUGGGUGACAGCCCUCUUGAGCAAGAGGAUGCUGUGCUCGUCAGCACACCCCUCCCCAAAAUCUUGGAAGUGGAGGCAAUGCAGAAUAAUAGCACAGAAGGUGAUAAAGAGCCCACUGAAGGGGAAAUGCCACCUGACGCAAAAAGCUCAGACUCUGUCUCUUCCAAAGACAGUCUAGACAAGAAGCGAAAGAAAGGCAGGAGACCACUGGUGGCAUCAGACCGGUGUCUCCGAAGCCAACAAUCCCAGCCACCUGCCGAGGGCAGUGCUGAGGACUCUGGUUCUUCCAGCUCUGUGCAGCUUCCUUGCCUUCAGAUCAAACUCUCCAAGAGCCCUGGUGCUAAGCGGUUCAAGAGAGAAGUGCAGCUGGAUGAGGCAGCAUCCAUGCAUGUCCCAAAUGACUGCUUCCCUGAUAUGCUGCUCAAAACCAGCGAAGGGCCAGGCAUUGGCCAGGCUCCAGAGAGCAUCACUGAGCAGCAGCCAGGCGAGGAGAAUGGUGUCACUACCAGACAAACCUAUAAAAGCAUCUUAGCAAAAGAGACUGCUGCAGAGGGAGAAAAUUCCUUUAAAGAUGACUCCUCUGCUAACAGCAGCCAAAGUCAGCCGGGUGAGAUGCUGGAAAUCGGCAUCCAGGCUGAUUCUGAGAAAAACAUUCUCCUCCCUCCAGAGGCCAGUGUUCCUGCAAAUGAUGCUGAGCAAGAGGAUGUGAAACCAGUCAAUGCCAGUGCAAAGGAGAGGUCUGACAGUGCUAGGGAUCUGGGCAAGCCAGUGAACUAUGAGCUGGUGACCAAUUUGCCUGUGUGUCCCAGCAGCAGAGGUGGAAGCAAGCAUCUUCCAGCAAAAACUGCAAAGCAUAAAAAGGUUGCUCUGCAGUUUUAUAACUUACGACAUGCACCCGCACCUGUAGACAGUGCAAAAAAGAGCACACCAGGGAAGGAGUCUAUGCAAGCAAUCCCCAAACUGAGGGAUGAACACAGUUCAGGGAAAGAUGACUGCGCAACACUGGAGGACACAGAUAUGGCUGACAGCAAACCAAAGUUCAUGGAGUGGUGUGCUGAAGAGGAGAACCAGGAGCUCAUUGCUGAGUUCAACACUCAAUACAUGAAAAUCCAGAAGGGCUGGAUUCAGCUGGAGAAGGAGGUCCAGCCAGCCCCCAAGGUAAAGAACAAAGCUGACAAACUGAAAGAGAUUUGGAAAAGCAAGAAAAGAACACGGAAAAGCAGAGGCUCAUUGGAAGUACAGAAGCUUUCUCCUGUGCAGAUGCUGUUUAUGAAGGCCUUUAAGCUGUCUGACAUAUGCCAGUGGUUUCUGGAGACAACUGAAACCAGGUCUCUAGUGAUUGUGAAGAAACUCAACACCCGUCUCCCAGGGGAGAUUCCCCCCAUGAAAGUCCCCAUGCAGAAAUAUUCUUCCUCUGGUCUCUACCCCAGCUCACUACAAGCUGAACGUUUGAAGAAACAUCUCAAGAAGUUCGCCGCCACUACCCCGGCUCGGAAUAACCUGAAGAACCAAAAGCUUUGGGCCAAAAUUCGUGAGAAUGCUGAUAAAGCAGAGGCUGAAGAAGCCAGCACUCCCAACCAGACAUCUCCCACAGAUGCCAGCACCAAGGAGCUGAGUGAAGACAAAACCAUCCAGCCUGCCCUGAGCUUGCCCACGCAGGCCAGCACCAGGAUCCUGCGCAAGUACUCCAACCUUCGGGGCAAGCUGCGAGCCCAGCAGCGCGUGGUGAAGGCAGAGAAGCGGAGCGAUGGCCCAGGGGACCACCCAGCCCUGGAGAGCAAGCAGAGCCGGAAGAGUGUGUGCAUCAACCCCCUGAUGUCUCCAAAGCUGGCCUUGCAGAUCAAAGCAGCUGCCUUUCCUGCUAAAUCCCCCUCAGUGGAUGGAACGGGGAAGGGGAGGAAGGGGAAGAGCAGGUCCCAAGAGGACCCCUUGCCCAAAGUCGACCUCCAGCUCAGCAAGAAGAAGAAGAUGCUGAAGGAGAGCGGGAGCACCCAGGAGCGAUCCAGCUCCUCCACCAAGGACAAGCUGCCUGCCAAGAAGGCUAGUAAAAUAAAGCAUUCGGAGGUCAGCACGAAAUCUCCCGCCACCCGAAAGCAGACUGCCAUGGAGAGGAGCAAUAAACUGGCCAGAAAAAUGUCUUUGAAAGAGAAGAGAGUCCCGAAAAAGCAGCUGGAGAAGAUGCGGCUCCCCAUGCGGAAGGGCAAGGAAAACACGAGCCGACGGGCCGUGCUGCCUCCCAGCCAUGAGGAGCUGUCCAAGCCCCCAAAGCAGAAGCCCCUGGGGGAGUCCUCCACACGGUCACAGAAGAUGGCCAACAAGAAGCACAGCAGUGGGAAGACCCUGACAAGGUCCAUGAAGAAGAUGCAGGAGAACAGUGUGUCUCAGGGCAAGAGGAAGCUGAGGGCAAAAGUGGACUGUUCUCACAGCAAACGCUCACGACUGGACCCGAAAUAGCAAAGAAACGGUAGCCAUGUACAAAACUGAUGUAUAGUAGUAACCCUUUACCAUGCAUUAACUAAAGCUGCUUUUAUAAGCUGUAGCAAGCCUUUAAAAAUCCGCAGUUAAAGGAUAACGCCCAUGAUUUUAGGCAUCAGCAGAUGUGUCUUGGACAGAGAUGAGGUUGGUCUGUCUGGCUCUGCUGUUCAGAAGGAAGUUUCUGCAGUUUGAACGUUCCUUGGGUUCUUUUAAACUUGGAACCAGGCAGUUUUUGUUAAAAGUACAGUGCCUUAUUUAUCACUUUAAAAAUAAAAAUAAGAAGCUCGUCUGUGUGAUUUGGAGGCUUGCGUUUUAUACUUGAGGCACAAGCACUUGUACUGUAGCAGAAAGAAAACCACCUUCGUGCACAUGAAGUAGCUUUUGUCAGCCUUUGGGUGCACACAAACAUUUCCCUUUCUUUCAGAGUCCUCCUUCUGUCUGUCUUCUUAGUGGCAUUUAAAGCAAAACCAAAACCAUUUCGCAUCACUAAGGGAGAGAAAGGCGAGUCUGUCCUUUGUCAGUUCGCUGGUAGCAGCUGCUGGUGUCCCAGACUGUUACCUGCAUGAGAAUGUGAAGUAGCUACUGGUGUGUGUACUGCUGAUGGCUGCCUGCUCCUCACUGCACAGCACUCAGGCUGAGGAGAUGCUGUGGGGGCACCGGGUACCAGGCUGCCACAUCCACUGCUGCUGGCUGGGUGUGCUGGGCUGUAGCUGUCUUUUUUCUUGCUGGCUUCAGGGAUGGACCAGUCUUGCCAUGCUCUGCUUUUGGACGGACUUCCUUCUCCUAUUUCCCUGUCCUUGUGGUGAUCUCUGUGUCUCUGAUGGCAAAGCUUUUCUGCAGUCCUUCACUGAAGGUUGAAACUCUUCCUUUUUAAGGGCUUGAGUUCCUGAUGUUGGUGCUCUGCAGGAAGGGAACUCUGGCCCUCACCUUGUGUUUUUGUGCACAUCUUGCCUACUGCUCUCCUAAGCCAGGAUUUGCAGUCAAAAUAAGGUUGGGAUAAGGGACUGGCUUGUGUUGAUUUUUUACCAUGAUUCGCAUUUCACCCUUCUACUAGCAAGGUGUGGGAAGUUAGUCCUUGCUUGUGUCACAGAACAGAGUCAUAGUGCCUGUCUGCUCUUAGAAAUACUUGUUAGAAGUUCACAGAGUGUGUUGUGCUGGUUCUGCUGGGCAGAGAUGACCAGCAGCUGGGGAGGGCUGUGGUCUGUGCUAGGGAAAGGCCUCGCUCAGCUAUUGCAUCCCCAUGGCUUCACUUUCACAUUGCUGCAAGUCCAUUUGCAGGAAUCCCAAUGCCAGCCUCUUUCCACACAUAAAGCAGCAGUGCCUGUCAGGGCACUGUGUGGGCCCUGAGGCUGCCAGACCUUUGACAGCUGCCUUGCUGGUCCUUGCUCAGCUGCUUGUCCCUGAUGAGAGCAAGGCUCUGGUGCAGCCCAUGAAUUCAAGAGAUGCUGGCCCUGGGUGCAGAGGCUGGAAAGGGAUUGGCUACAAAGGGAAUUACUUUUCAUGGUUGGCAUUGAACCCCAGAUCUCAAAGCCUGGAGGCUGGAGGUGGAAGGCAGAUAACUGUGUUAAAAUCUUUCAUUGUACCCUUUAGUACAGAGGAUGAAACCAGGCGUUUGAUUUGCACACCCUUCACAGAGCACCUCUGCCUCUCUUGCAGGUACUCCCUUUCCCAAGCAUUGACACGCACAAUGCUGGGGCACAUUUUUCUCUUACUGUGAAAUGGCUGAUUUAAAAAAAAAAAAAAAUCCUAUCCUUUCAAUUGUGCUAGAAUAAGUUAACUCUCUGAACAGCUAGGAAGUAAUUAAAUCUAGCCUGUCAGUCCCUGUACAGAUUAAUAUGAAGUUAUCUAUUACUUUAAUUUUUACUGCAUGCAUUACAUAUGUCAAACAUUCCAUCAGAAAAGAUUUAAAAGUGUUUUAAGAGAGAUGCAAGGCAGGAGGGCACUGAUGGCAGUUAAGUGAUUGAUCUGUAUCUUUUUUGCAGGGUGUCUAUCCCUCUUGCUUCUCCAUCCCUACUUAUGGUCCUUCUUAUGGCCCAGCCACAUGGGCCCAGAUUUCCUCUCCUUCCUCUGGGCCAGGUGUGCAUGUGAGCACACCUUUUACUUUUGCUUCUCAUGCCAUUCCCCUGCAGCAAAUCCCCUCUCCCCAUCCUUCACCAUCACUCCUGAACCUCCUGCACCAGUCACCAUGCACUGCUCGCUCCUUGAGGCUUCCCUCUCUCUUUCUGCUGUAAUAUUUUUGCUGCUGGCAAAUGGUGAAUGCAGGCUGUCCUGAUCCCUGUCUUCUGUGCUUCUGGGAGCUGGAAUCUCCUUAGGAUAAAACCCUAUACGAAGCAAGUGGAAGGAGUCUUUCUACACCAGCGUCCUGGAUGCCUUUGUGCACCCUGGGGCUUCACCAGCACUGAUUGGCUUGAGCAUGGCAAGGUUGGGGGACAGGUGCCCAGCAGGUGUCAUUGGUGCUGGAGUGGAGCAGCUCCUGGGCAUCUGUCCCAGUUUGGUGUGCACUGCUUGGCUUGGCAUUGGUGGGAUCAGAGCACUGAGCUUCCCGGCAGUGUCGCUGACAGGCAGUGGUGACGUGUGCUGCUGAGGCACAGCCCUGCUUUUCUGCAGUCUGUUACCAAUAAAUGUGGCUCUUACAUUGUGAAAGGCAUGCACAUGGAGCUGCAGAUGAGCUUAACAAAUGGAAGAAAAUAAGCAACAUGGUUUAAUACCUUAUUCCACAUGGACAUGGAGUGUGUUUCCAUGUGCUACAGGCGCAGAGUUGCCCACUGGCACUACCACAGUGCUAUCCUCAGAUCCACAGCCUCAUUGCGCUCCUCUUCCCCUGGGCUACCCCACAGCUCCCUGCUCUACUUCAGCUCUAGACUUCAACUACUACAACCCACAAAGCAGAUCUCUUUCUGUAAAUUUGGCUUUUCUUGCUGGCUACUUUCUCAUCCUAUUGAAACUAAUAUCCAUCAUGCACCCUGGUCCAUGAACUAGGAGCAGCAUCCUCUUAGCUCUGAACCUCCACAGAUGUCCUCAUUGUCCCUGUGCUGCCAGACCCCCUCUCUCAUUUUCAUGGUUACCUUUUUCUCUCUCUUCUUGUCAUCAGCAGCUCUGGGUCUUCGCACUUCACAUGUUCAGGAUCCAUCCAUCUUAAUUAACCACUGGGAGGAGCUGCGUUGCCAAGCUCAGAGUCAAAACUUAUGUUGGUGCUGUAGCAAGAGCCGUUUGAGCCCGGGAUGGCUCCUCCUACCUGUAGCUGUUGGGAUCUUGUUUAGCAAGGCCAGCCCCGGAAUGGGUUUCCCUGCUGACAGGGUGUGUGAUAUGUACCCAAGGCGUGCACAUAUUUAUAUUCAUCACUUACUCAUCCCUGGCAAGGUCCUGUUUGCUGGUGUUCACUCCUUGCAGUGGGGUUUCUGUACUCACCUGCCAGCAUGUCAGCGAGACAUCUGCAGCAAACCUUCUCUGAAGAGCUGACCAGUCGGAGCUGAUGCUUCUAACAGACUUUCUGCUGCAUUGCUGAUUAAGGUCCAUGAGUUGUGUGAGCAGGAUGAAAUUGUUCCUGCUGCUCUCUGCACCCCUGUCCCUUCAGUGCCACACAGGGCUGGACUGAGAGGGCUGCCUGGCUCCCCACACCACUUCUUACUGGUGUGCAGAUAAGCAAACCUGCAGCCCAGCCUGUGUCCCAGCUGCUCUUGUGGCACCUCUGGAAAUGCUGAUGUUUCCAAAAGCUCUGCCAGCUCUUAGUAACCUCCCAGGAAAUAGACAUGCAAUCAGAUAUACUGGUGCCCUGUUUUUAAGACUUGCUGAUGGACACUUUUUCUCUUCAGCUCAUAAACUUUCAGACUGACAAGUGCAUUCCCAGCUGAAGGUGACUGAGAAAGCUGAUUCCCAGCCUUCCAUGGGUACAGGUAGUGUCUGGGGCAGCAUGGAGGCGUGAGUGGCCGUCCAGGUUGGGGUCUCACCUUUCCACCAUCAGCAGUCAUGCUGGAGGAAGAGGGCUGAGCCCCAGCCAAGGUGUACUUGGGUCUGCAUCCUUGGGCUGUAUACUUGGACAGCCCAGGAGCAAGAUGGGAUACGCUCCUCCUUGACAGGGAAUGCCACUGGAGCUCUUCUUGUAGCAGUAGGUUUUUUGAGCAAACCACAAGGUUAUGAUGUCCCCAUGUCGCGUGUGUUCCCCCCGUGUGUCGUAGCAUCCAUUUGGCCCAUCCUUUAGCUUGGUGGUUGUGAAAUGAAUCCAUCUGUUCUAAGAUGUUCUCAGGAGUUCUUGUUUGUAUUAAGCUCACCCCUAGGCUUAGCAGAAAUCACAGUCCCCAUCCUCCCUGCUCCCCUCCCCGCAGACAAGCCCUCUCUCUCACGAGCACUUCCACCUUCUCCCCAAAGGGCAGCAGAGGGCAGCUGGCGGUUUUGAUUCAGGGCACGUUGGCAGCUUUGGGGCAGCCGAAGGAGCUGGGAUGCAGCCGGCCAGCAUUUGUGACAUGGGUCUGGAGGCCAGGCGCUCCCACGGGCUGUAUUGCUAGCCAAUGUUUUCUAAGUCUGUUUGUAAGAGUACCUAAUUUUAAAAUGAAAUGUGAAUAUAUAUUAUGUGUAGGUGCCAUGUAAGAUAGUGUUGUGCUAGACAGCAGGAUGCUAACCUACUUUUUAAACUUUUUGGGGGCAGGAAAAAGCAUUUUUCUCUCACUUCAUGCUCACAGAUCUAAUAUUGUAAAUAGGUUUUUAAAAUAUUUAUUUCAUGGGCUUUCCACAGGUUCUCGUUGUGACUGGUGUGUCGGUUGGUGGGGCUGUAUUGCCCGGCGUGCCGCAACCAAAGGGCUGGCGGUUGUGUGGGGGAUGGAAUGGGAUGGGAUGGGAUGGGAUGGGGAGGGGUGGGUGGGGGCUGGUGGUGGUGUUCAGUUUGGUUUUAUGUCACGUCAAAGCUGAAGCAUUAACUCUCUUCAUCUCGUUUUAAUGAUGUCAGACCUGGUCAAUGGCCACGGUCCCCAGGGAGGCCGUGAGCUCCCAUGGCCGGCCAGGAUGGCUGCUCCCCAGGACAGGGGGCACUGCAAGCAAUAAGAUUUGUAGUAAUAAUGUCUGCUUUGAUGGCAGGGGCUCUCGGGGCUCAGGGCCAGGUGGGAAUAACCCUGUUCCCGGCAGGGGCUCAGUCCAGCAUAGCAUGGGGGGGUCUCUUGACCUGGAGGUACUCAAGGAAGUGUCCCCAGGGAUGCAGAAAGUGGGAGACACUGUCAUCCCUAAGGAACCCCCCCAAAACCACUGGGGUAAGUAGGUGGUUGCUGGUAGCAAACUCCCACUAGUGAAUUACUGCCUUUGUGGGUACGGGUGACCCAAGGGAACACACCGCUCUUGCUGCUAGUCUAGGGCUGGCUCCAGAAGGUCAUUUGCUAAUAAUUCUGCAGUUUUAAUUCUCCUUCUAGGAGGUUUGAGGUCAUUUGGUAAUUUUUGCUUAAGUGGGUUUAGAUUUUUUUUUUCUUUGUUAAUCCCUUUUUGCCUGGAAGUGUGGCUGGCUCUGACCUUACAGUCCAGCUGUCUGUGUAGGGCAGUGUCAGCAGGAUCUGCUUUUAUGAUGAUGGGUCUCUGAUUUUGGAGGAUGGAGUGAGGGGUCCUGCUGGGUCCCAGCCCUGCAGGACCUCUCACCAGUCCCACACUUCCUUCACCCUUGGAACAGGUGUGUAAAAAAAAAAAAAAACAAAAAAAAAGAAAAAAGGAAACAACACAAUAAUUUUUUUCUUAAGAUGUAAAACAUUUAAAUAUUAUCUCCACCCUGAUGGCAAAUGUUUUUCCUUCAUCUGUGUCUGCUUCCCUGGGAGAGUUUUGUUUGUCUGUUUGUUUCUAUAUGAAUUUUAGACACUGAGCUGAAAUUCCUCCUGUCCGGUACUGUAUGUUUGAGCCCAAGCAAUGUGAACUGUACAGACCAGCAGUGGGAAGUGGGAGCUGGUGACUGCACCUGGGAGAGCCGUGGCUUGGGACGGCAUUCCCAGUUGGUGUGGGGAGUGGGAAGUACUGCGCCACAAGUUGGGAAAAUGAACUGUCUGCUGUGAAUUCUCGGUUGGAAAUGUGGAGAGGAGUUUCCAUUAGAUAAUGUUUACAUACCUCACCUGACAAACCUUUGAAAGUGUAUAUAUAAAAAAAAGAAAAUAAAAUUAUAUUAAGUUGCUUUAAAUCAAUAUGUAUAGCUAUAAGAGCUGGGUCAUUUGAACUUUGAAUAUGUAUCGAUUCUCUAAAUGUUGACAUUUUGUGAACUCUGUGCUCCUGUCUUUUAUUUCAUCCUAGCCUAUGGAAAAAGUUGUGUUCUUGUUCCAGGUAAAAGGUCCCUCACUCAGAUCUGAACUCCUCAAGGAUUCCCACCACCUUGUUUUCUUUUCUUCCUCACUGUCAAUAUUCACCCUAUGAGCUUUCUAAAGGUCCGUAUUUUAUUGCAGCUUAUUAAACGUUUCUUUGAUAUCAA